CAAUCACAGAAUUUGUCAUAGAGUCAUCUAAACCAAAUCUGAAGUACUGUAGUUGCAUAGUCCUGAAAUAGUGAAAGUGACGUAAUAAUCAGUGUAUGGUAACCCAUACUUGAAAUGGGGGACAGAUGCUGUGAGACCCAAACCGGCAACUCUCGGGUUGCAACCCUGACUUUCUAACCAUUAGGCCACGAAUGCCCACUACUAUAUAUAAAUAAAGGUAGGCUUUUCUUCGAUCAGAUCAUUUUAUCUCAAAGGAGUAAAUGGUGCCAUCUAUUGGUUUUAAAAUACCUAUAAAGCUGGAUUCUACAGUAAUUUAUUAACAUGUAAAAUAAGAUUAUUUGCCCGUUCACACAGAUUAUAAAUGUGGCUCUUACUGCAUGUGACCCCAACACACAGUAAGAUGACAUUCAUAAGAAUAAUUAGGAUCACAAAACAAAACUAGUAAACUACAAAAUAAAACUAUUUUACAAAAUAAAACUAGUAAAACUCGACAACAUCUAAAACUGUACUGUAUAUUCAAUAUACUGUAUGUCUAAAAGUAAAAUUGUUUCAACAGUGGACUGAAAUUGUUAACAUCCUGUCUGAUGUGGAGUACUUUAAAGAACUUUGUUGAACUGUAAUGUGAGAGGCGGAAACACAAAUACUGCAACAUUUCUUUCUCCUCUUUCUUUUCAGUCACAGGACAAUAAAACACUUGGCACCCUGCGUAAGCAGUUGCUUAGUUACAGUUAAACAGGACAAAGCCUCUUCGGAAUACAGAUCCACCCCGAUUCUCAAGCAGUUCUCUUGCAUGGACCUCGUUUAAAAAAUCUUCAUGGCUAAGGGGAAGAGAGCAAGUGGAGACAAAGGCACGAAGAUCACUUUAAAAAUGGCCAAAAACGCCCUGAGAGUAACACCAGAGGGCAAACUACGACUUGAUCUCAGCAAUGUCGGCAUUACCGUGUUUCCCAAGUGUCUACUAAAACUAAGGAACUUACAGGAACUUGAUCUGAGCCGGAACAAGUUAAAAACAAUCCCAGAAUUCAUCAGCCAGUUUACCGCUUUGCAUUGGUUAGACCUUCACAGCAACCAUAUUGAGCAGCUACCUGAAAGCAUUGGACGCUUGGGAUCUCUGGUUCACCUGAACCUUUGUAACAACAAACUAGACUCGACUGGCCUAUCACCUGAAAUAGGAAAUCUGAAGAACCUCCAGGUUUUGAACUUGGGUAUGAACCGUCUGACCACCCUCCCUCCCACCUUGGUUGCUCUAACAAACCUGACGGAGCUGAGCCUUUUUGAUAACUUGCUCACAGAGGUACCCGAAUGCCUUCACGUGCUCCCCAACCUGAGAAAGCUCAACACAAAUCGCAACCCUGUGGCUUACACGCUGGUAGACGGCAAAGCCCCUGACUGCGUAAAGACGGCAGGAAAUCUGUAUUUGGUCAGAGAAGAAGAUUUCUGCCAGCCUUGCCUAGAGAAGUGUAAGGAGGAAAGGCAAAGAUUCAGAAAAAAUAAUCUGUUCGAUCACAGAUCACAAAGGAAGAGUCAUUUUUCAGGGCUGAUCACGCCAAACUCUGUAGCUCGAGGUAAUCAAGAUAUGUGGCGGCAACAGACUCUCACCUCAUACAUCUCAUAAAGGACACGCCAGACCUGCUGGAGAUACCAAUAAAUGGUCUUUUACGUACAACUGUUAAUAUUUGAAUGUCCACCUGUAUUUUAUUAAAUAAAACUUUGGCUUAGACAAAGUGAGAUGAACCAUUUGUGCAGAAUAUUUAAGUAAAGGAUAAUGUUUAGGCAGCCGGUUGUUAUCGCAGAAAUAAGCCCUAACAGUGUGAUCAGGACCCGACAAGAAUCAGAGGGUUUUGUAACACACUGAAGGGGCUUAUUUCUGACUGUACAUUAUCUCAUGUUUUACACAGCUAUUUACCCCAUAAGUAAAGUAAGGAACAUUAAAUAUUGAUAAGAUAACACAUUCAAAUGUC